AUGAUGCGAGAUCCGCGUCGCCGGAGCCCCGAGAGCUCUCGGCGGCGAAGAAGAGACCGCCGUGAUUCUCGCGAGCAGCUGGCCGCCGCCGCCGCCGCCUCCACCACCACCCUUUCCACCAUCCCCGGUCCGUCGCAGCAAUACCAACAACUCCAACAACAACAACAACAACAGCCGCUCCCCCACAUAUACUCUCAACCGCAAUACCCUCACUAUUACGCCGACCCUCAGAGAUACCCCGAACCCGAGAGAUACUCCGCCCGUCUGGAGAGAUACGACGACCCUCAGAGAUAUACCCAUCCUCAACCACAAUCAUACCCUCACCCCGAGCAAUACCCUCCGACAGAGGCCUUUGUGAAUCCUCUAGGCUAUACUGAACAGCAGCCAUAUGUCGAGCCCCAGACAUACCAACAACCUCGCGAACCCGAGACGAUGCGCCCCCGCGGUGGCUCCAGCUCCUCCUCGUCCUCCUCCACCUCAUCCUCCCUCCUUAAUAUCUCAGCCAAGAGCCCCAAAUUCGGCGGAGUUUUUAGCACAUUUUUCAGGGCGCCUUCGGAGCAGCGCAAAGAACGUCGUCGGAAGAAGCAGAAGGCCCGCAUCCUGUCCUUCGGCAAUUCCUCUUCAUCCUCGGUGAACUCCGAUAUGGCCUAUGGCCGCGGCUACAUCGACCGCGACAAGAGCCAGCGCGCUAGCCCAAUGCCCCAAGGCCACCCGAGCCCUGCGCUAUACCGCGCCGAUGCUGUUGAUGCCUCUCACCGGCCGCCCCCGGUCCCUCGGGACAAGACGGACGAAGAAAUCCUCAACAUUGGCCGCCAGCUGCAAGACAUAGCCAGAAAGCAGAACCAGGCUGACCUGAAAGCUGCCUCCAAGUCUCGCACGUCCCAGGUCGCUGGAGUCGCUGGAGCCGCAGCCGCCGCCGCUGCCUUCAGCCAUUUCCGCCCCAAGACCAAGACUGACAGCAAAACUCGGGGAUCCGCUACCUCGAAACCUAAUCAAACCGCCUCAUCCUCGGAUGAUGACUGGGAGUCGGCCUCCGAGGAUGAGUCUACCACGGACGAAUCGGACAACGGCCUGGCCUACGGCUCCGUCUUCAAGCCGCCCAAGUCGGCUAGAAUCUCAUCCGAGUCUCCAGAGCAGAUCAAGCCGCCCGAGCGGAGGAGUACCAUUGUAGACCCGCGUCUUUUUGGUCCAGUCAACUCUCUUCAUGGCGCUGUCAAGAGUCCCUGCGGCUUCGGUGAAGAAGACCCACGUUCCGCUGGCUCUUCUCGUCGCCAUCACGAGGAGACGAUAGCACAGGUCGAACCUCCCAAAAACGGAAAGCAGCCGAUGCAACGCAUCUACCCCGUACCGACCUCGGACCCGGAUAGGUUCGAUUACGACCGUGGCUCCGUAGUGUCAUCUCGCCAGGAUCUCCCGCAACGGGCUCGGCCGGAGCCAGUCCCCAUCCAGCAGCCGAUCCCCAUUGUCCCCGUCUCGUCCAAGGUCUAUGAUGCGGAGAGGUUCGAGGAAGAUGAGCGUACCAAACAACGCCGGUCGCCGCCCAAGGGGAGGAGUGCCGCAGAGAACGCCAUUGCCGGUGUAGGCGUCGCAGCCGCCGCCGUUGGCGCGGCCAUGGCUUAUAGCCGCAGAGACUCUGGCGAUCACAGUGAGCGUCGCGACGACCCUCCAAGCGAGGCCCCAAAGCGGCGGGAAGGCCCCCGCGAUCCUCAGCAGAGCCGCCGUAAGGAUGAACCGGAACAGCUGAUUAGGGUCGAACUGGAGGACCGCGAAACCCGCAAGCAGGAUGACCCUCGCCGAUCCCAUCGGCGUAAAGACGCGGACGUAGUCGACGCACGAGACAAGAAACGUGUCGGCCGCUCUGAUCCCGCCUAUGAGGCUUUGAAGAGACGUGCGACCGAGCGUGAUCCUCGCCCAGAGGUCUACAGACUGCCCCAAGGGGACGAGAUCCGAGUCGAGUAUGACCCCAACGAUGACCGCCGGCCUCGCGAGGAACCCAAAGAACCUCGCCGGGAGGAGCGUAAGACGGUAGUCGUAGAUGACCGCCGGGAGACAAUGCGGUCAGAGAGACCAACUGAGCUGCCCCGGGACAAAUAUGGGGUGGAGCAACCCGAGGCCCCCAGUACACAAGCCCCUAUUGACCCUUUUCAGUUCCAGGUUGCUGAUGAUGCCUUCCAAACGCCCAAAUACGCCACUCCGAAGAGACCUUUGACUCCGCAGGUCGUCACCGUCGACCGAGAGCCUAGCUUUGACAACUCCCCGCCAAGAAAGCCAGACUACUCGGAGUCGCGAAUGAGCCGCAAGGAUUCCUUCGAGCUCGAGCAGCGACUGGAACAGUACCAGCAAGCUGCCCAAGACCGUUCCCGCCCCCCUGCGUCACGCCGCCGUGGAGACUCAAUCGAAGAGGAGGAGCGCGUCGCCAAGUCCAUCUACGACGAGGCCAAGAACGCGACUGUGCCCAUCGCCGCGGCUGCCGUCGCCGCCGCAAUCGCCGCCGAAGCCGAGAGAUCACGAAGGCAUCGCCGUGACCAGGUUACCAAGGAUGGUCCCGGUGAUGAAUCCCAGGCCGUCAAGGAUGCCGUCCAGGAAGAGGCCGACAGGUACUACCGCGAGACCGUUAUUGCACGCAAGAUUGCCAAGGAAGAAAUUCGGUCCCGCAGUGCAUCUCCUCACGACGAAUCCGUCGUCGGCAAGUGGCAGGAACACGACAAUGGCCCCGAGGUCGUCACGAUUGUGACGCCACCCGAGAUGGAACACCACCACCACCACCACCACGACAAGAGCCCGUACGACGCACCCAAUGCCGAUGUUCGCAUCGAUCAUAUCAUCAUUCCCGAAGAGCUUUCCCGCUUCGGCCUCCCUGGUCGCCAACUCGCAGCCGGCGAAGUGCCGAAAUUCCAGUCCCGCGACCCUUCUUGCGAGCGUGAAAGACCGCUCCUGAACCUUGUCCUGCCUACACCUGUCGUCACGCCGCGACAUACGCCAGCUCCUGAGCAGCAGAAAGAGCCAUCGUCGUCAAAUCAGAAGGAGGAGGCCCCUCAACCAAGACAAGUCAGGCCAGUCGGUGCUCCCUCAUCUGACGCUGUACCGGCCACGGAGAUUGUUUUGGGGCCAAGAGGCGAGGCUGUCGAAAGGCCAACAACGCCCAUUGUCAAGUCGGUCACCUGGGGCGAGAACGAGACUAAGAGCUUCGAUAUCGAGAGCCCAGAGCCUCCCAAGAAGUCUGCCUCCAGUACUUCGAGCAAGUCAAAGAAGAAGAAGAAGCUGGGCAAGAGCUCACCGUGGGGCAUCAUCUCUGCGGCCGUCGGCACUGGAGCGGCGGCGGCAGCGGCAGCGGCAGCCCCUGAUAUGCGCGAUCCCUUUGAGAGCAAGCCGGACGAGCAUAGGGAGAGGCAUAGCCCUCCUGAGUCGCCCAAAUCUCGCGGCAUCGAGCCCGUCGCUGAGCCUACUGUCCCCCCUGCUUCUCACGAACGUUCCAAGCCAUUCGAGGAUGAACCCGACUUGCCCCCGGCCCCUGGCCCCAAGCCGUCCAGCCCUCAAACCUCGAGGAUGCCUGGCGCUUUUGCAGAUGACAUUGAAUUUGCUUCUGUUUUGGCUGCCGGUCUCCAAGACACUGGGUUUGACCCGAACAUUGUCAUUGAUAAUCCUACCUACAUGCGCCGCGACAGCCCUCCAGGACAGAGCGAGCCGAUGGUCUACCAGCAGCCCUUUGCCGAGACCGUGACCGACUUGGGCGUCUACAGGCCUGAAGGGCCCGCCCCUGCGGAUAGCGGGUUCGUCAUUGGCGAGGUGCCAGAGACGCCGGUUGCCGAGAGGGAAUUGGGAGACGAUCAUCUUACCGAGUCCCCUCGCGCACGAGAGCGCCGUGACAAGGGGAAGGUCAAGGAAACGCGUCUCGUGGAACAGGAACCUCCUGUCGAGGACGUCGAAUCUCCCAGGAAGCUCAGCAAGAAGGAAAAGCGCAAGCAGAAGGCAGCCAAGAGGCAAAGCAUGGACGACGCGCCGGCCGAUGAGACUUACGACACUCCCUUGGCUUUAUCGCGACCAGCGCCCACCCCCUCCUCAGAGACACCCCUUGAUCAUGAGAAGCCUCGUAGCUACUACGACGUUCCCGAAGCCACUUCUCGAGAUGCGCCGACCUUCCUCAACCACCCCGGCCCUGUUUAUGAAAGGCCGCACACUUACUAUGGAUAUGGAGGCCCCCAACCCACGCCGCUCUCUCAGUCGAAUCCCUAUUCGAAUGCAGUUUCUGCUCACGAUAGACCGCACAGCUACUACGGCGCCCCUGAGAUGACUUUGCGGAACGAGCCUGUCCCCAUGGACGAGUCAGUUUCUCGUUACGAGAAACCUCGUGCUUUCUAUGACACCCCCCAGAGCCCCGAAACUGUCAUUGCGCCUGGCUCCAAGGAUCGUGGCUUCCAGGACGUACCGACGUGGGACUUGCCAGCCAUCUCUGACGUGCCUCGUUCUUAUGGUGAAACUCUUGCGUCUGCGGCAUCAGCGUCCGAGGCAGCUCCUGUUGACUACGAGCCAGCCGCUACUAGCAAGUCGAGUAAGAAGGAAAAGAAAAAGAGAAGCAAGUCAUCAAAGUCCGAAGUCAUUGUCGUACAAGAAGAUGAGGAUGAGCCGCCCACUGAGCGAUCUCUUCGCGAUGAGACUGGCGCUUCCCCCGAAAAGCUACUAGAGAGCGAGCGAUCCCAUUACAGCGGGCCUCAGGAGACUGCUGAAGAUGCGUGGGACACGCCCGCAAGGAAGAAGAAAUCCAAGAAGUCAAAGCAAAGCUCGGAUGAAUGGACUGACGUCGAGAAGCAGAGCGAUUACACCCCCACGAUCGAGCGGAGCAGCACCCGCGAUGACGACCUUGGUGAGUGGGACGAUCUUCCGACCAAGUCUCAACGGGAUCGCUCCAGAUUCGAAGACCGGGAUGUGAGCUCUGUGGUGUCCGACCCGUCGAGUCGUCGCGAGAAGUCGGACCGCCGCUCCAAAAGCAGUCGGCACGAAGACAGAGAUGCGAGCUCCGUCGUUGUCUCCGACCCCACAACCCGACGUGAUAAGUCUGACCGGAGAUCCAAGAACAUUGGUGACGAGGAUCGGGAUGCGAGCUCCGUGGUUUCUGACCCGUUGAGCCGCCGUGACAAAUCCGAACGCCGGUCCCACAGCAGUCGACAUGACGAUCGAGAUGUGGCCUCUGUUGUCUCUGAACCCACGUCGCGGAGUGAAAAGUCGGAACGCCGUUCCAAGAGCCUUCGCGACGAGGAGAGGGAUGCGGGCUCCGUAGCUUCCGACCGCUCGUCAAGACGUGACAAGUCAGACCGUCGCUCCAAUGGCACUCGGCACGAGGACGACGACGAUGCCAAGUCGGUCGCGUCUGGAAGCUCUGGUCGUAAGAGAAGGAGCGACGACCAGAAGAGCCCCAAGGAGGAGGAGAAGCGCAGUAGCGGCUUCUUCAACAGUCUCUUCAGAGGCGGCAACAAUAAGGAGGUAUCUGGCAAGGAUGAGAAGUCGUCUUUUUUAGAUAAUGCCGGCACCCUUGGCGCGGGUGCCGGCUUGGCGGGCGCUGUGGCAGCUUUGGGCUCCCUGAUGUCCCGCUCCAAUGCCACUGAACCUCCUCAAAUGGAAGAACCGGUCGAUAUUCCUCGAUCUCGGGAAAGGUCUUCCAGCCCCACCCGAGACGUCGACAUCGACCCGGACAUCGUGCCGCGGGACAUUAGACCCGCCAUCGACCCUCAGUAUGGCGAUCUGCUUCCUUUGCCACCCAGCCCCAUGUCUCCGAGCACGCUGGGCUCUCCAACCGAGGAGCUGGAGGAGCUUCCCGCCUUGCCUGAUAGCCGGCCAGAGACGCCUCCGGAGGAAUGGAGACGUCAGCACGAAACGAAGACGCCCAAGACCCACUCGCGGAAGCGCAGCAACAUCGAAACCCCGCUCCGAAGUCCAAGCCAGACCGCCGUACCUUUCAAGUUGCGGUUGGGACAGAGGUCCACACCCUCGUCCUCUCCCGGCAAAUUUGGCCCCUCUCCCACCUCGUCUCCCCCGGUGACCACGGCCCCCGAUGCCACCCACGACACUACUCCUACUUCUGGCACCAAUGCCAGACGUCCCUCUAGGCCGAUCUCGUGGGAGAGCAGCCGUGAGAUCAAGCCUCUCUACCUCUUGGAACAAUCUCGUCAGGAAUCCGCAGCCCAGUCGAUGGAGCCACCCGUCGACUUCCCAGAGCUGCCUCCAAGCGAGCCGCCCUCGCGGGAGUCUCCUGCGCCUGAGUUCUCGCUGCGCGAAGACGACGCAAAAUACUUCAAUCAGCUCCAGGCGUCGCCUUUUGAGCCCAACGACCUUCGCAUCGACACCGACAUGUCGCAGUACCCUGACCAGGCGGACCGCCAAUUCGGCUCGCAGGAGACUACCCCCAAGGCAGAGCACGCAAUCCAGCACGUCGGUGCCUUGUUUGAGCGGCCUUCUCCUGCUCUUCCUGAAUUGCCAGACGCUGCCAAGCAUUUGGACCUGCCAGAAAACUACUAUGCGGAGUUGCCGCCCCUUCCUGCUAGCCCUCUGGACACGCCGGUAAUGGGACCCAAAGCAGAACCAGCGGAUACCAUUUCGCAAGAGAGGAGCCUCUACGGACCAGCGUCGCCUGCCCUUCCUACUGCCACUGACGCUGCCCGGCAAUCUGCCUUUUCACACGCUAACCUGUCUGACUUGCCGGCUCUUCCCGCCAGCCCGGUAAGCGGUGCGGCAGAGACCUUGAAGCAGCCGGUUAUCCCAACAUCAGAGCUGGAGGAGCUGCCUGCUCUUCACGACAGCCCUUCGGCGCGCCCAACUACGAUGCCCGAACCGGAACCAGUCGAAACAACGUCCAAAGAAAGAAGUUCGUAUCUCCUGCACAUGACGCCCCCAUCAGUCAUCAAAACUCUAAUGGAUCGUGAUACGUUAGACACACCGCCAAGCCCUAUGCCUAGCAGAUCUUACGACGCUACAGUUAGCAUAGCCGAGAUCGAGGAGCAGGAUUUUUCUGGCUCUCACAACACUGCCCUUGCAGCCUUGGCCGGAGGCGCAGCUGCCGGACUCGCAGCUGCCUCGCUUAUCGAUCACGCUAAGGCCGAGGAAAAGGCAGCAGAGGUUGAGCGAGAAACCGAAGCCUUGGGACCUUCCGCUUCAGCAGAGCCACCCGCGGACGGGAAGAAGUCAAAGAAAGACAAGAAGAAGAAGAAGAAGGCCAAGGGGAUGUCCAUCGAUAACACCACGCUUCCCUCGGCUGACAUCGCUUCCUCUGUUUCUACAGACAAGGAAAAUUUGCUGUCCACCGAUGCUACUCCCGCUACUCCGGCCGAAGAGUUGACGACGCCUAUUUCAAACGAAGUCACCCGCUCUAUGCCAACUGAGGAGCAGGCGACCCCGUCGUCCCUAAACGAAAAUGUUUCAUCCAUCUCGGUUGGACAUGACGAGCCGCCGUCUGUCGAUGCGGUUCCUUCUGCCUCAACUUCAACUGAGGAUGCCAUUCUUGCUUCCACUGACUGUACUACGGCUCCAUCGAUUGAAGCUAUGCACACUGCCAAUGAUGCUCUGCCACCUCUCCCCCCCGUUUCUGCUGAAGAGACUCUCUACCUCUCCAAUGACGCCGACCUAUCUGUUGCGGACGGCGAGAAUGCGCUGCCCUCAAUUCGAGACAAUCAACCCCUGGAACCCACGGACAAGACGCCACGAGAACCCGCCCAUUCUGCAGUUGUACCAGCCGAUAUAUCUUUUCCUGCUGAGGGCGAUGUUGCCGCUGUGGGCGAUACUGCGGCUGACAGCGAGGUCACCGAACCCGCAGCCGCUGAGCUUCUUGCAGAAGAUACCGCCGGCGAAAAGAAAUUGUCCAAGAAGGAGAAGAAGAAGAAGCUGCAGAAGAUCAAGAAGGCUUGGGAGCAGGCUCAGGCGGAGAUGCCGGAGCUUGAGCGUUCUGCCGAGCCCAAUAAGCAGACCAGCGAGGCCGCCCUUGACACAGAUGCACCGAUCAGUUCCUCGUCUGAGCCUGCCAAGGCCACGGAGACCAAUGAAGUCGAAGAAGCUGCCUCUAUCCCGCUUCCUGGUGCAUUGGACACCGCCGAGGAGGCGGCCUUGCUCGAGCCUGAGACGACAAAGGAGACGAUGCAAGCCCAAGAGGCAGCUGGUACCCAGCUUGCAGACAUUUCAGAGCCGGCUUUGGCAACCCCCUUGCUUCAGUCUGAGAAGGUUCCUGUGACCACUGAAGCUGAACAGGCUGCUUCUGUUCCGCUCCCUGAGGAUUUAGAACCUAUGACGGAUAGUUAUUUGUCGAGCGAGACGGAAAAGGCCAAAGAUGCGCAGGAUCCUGAACAGCCUGAGUCAGUCCCGGAUUUCAAGGAACCAAUCACUGCUCAAGAGGAGGCUCAAACCACAUUGCCCGACUUUGGCAGUUCCAAAGAUGCAGUUGAGGCCGGGCUGCCUGCAGCACCUCCGACCCUUGAUUCUCUGGCUUCCGACGUUAAGAAGGGCAAAAAGAAGAAGGGGAAGAAGUCCGUGGAUGAUGAGCCUCUCUUGCCCAAUCUGGCCCCCGAAGUGCCUCCAGACUCUUCUCUGUCAGCCGGUCCUACUCUAGACAGCGAUGGAAAGCCUCUGGAUGCAAUCGCAAACGUCCAGUCAGAGCAGCAGGCUCCAGUGGUUGAAUCCUUAAAUGCCGAAGACGACUCGUUCAAACAGGAGCUCUCUCUUCAACCCUUAGAGGAGAAGACAGCCGAACAGAUCGACGUUAUAUCCGAGCCCCGGGCUCUACCUCUUGAGGCUGCAGAGAAGUCAUUUGGGCCAAGUGAUGACUUGGGCGAGCAGCAGACUACUGUGCAAGAUCAAAGUGACAAGUCCGCUGAAAAGGUUGUGAUCCCGGAGUUACAACCUGCACCCCUUACGCGAGAACCCUCUUCCAAGUUGGAUGCCGAUCCGUCGGAGCAGCAGACUUCUGCCACUCAAUCUGAUGAAACCCUAGCUAUUACCGACAGUCAGCAAGAGCAACCCGUCCCUAUUCCCGAGAGUAGUCCUCCCGCUGAGGAGCCAACCAUUCAGUCCCGCGAGGUCGAAGAGCCUACUGAAACUCCAUCUGCACCCUUGUCCAAGAAACAGAAGAAGAAGUUGAAGAAGUCCAGAAAGAGCCUGACAGCAGACGAUGAACUUCUGGCGGCAAUUGCGACCAAGACCACCGAUCCCCAGCCCGAGCCUGCCGUGGAUCGGGUACCUUCAACAUCGAACCUAGAUGUUGAGCCAAUUGAAGCUGGUAUCUCGGAAGCCGCCCCCCCGGAAUCUGUCGCAGAUGGCACGAUUGCAGCCGCACCUGUCGAUCAGAUUGUUGAUGACGUAUCCGUAGCGACCCAAGCCGCUGCCACGCCUCUUCCUGAAGAUGCCACCGAGAUGCUGGAGGAAGUGCCCGAGGAGAGACCUGAGCCUGCUCUUAUCGAGGUUGCCUCUGCGAUACCACUUCCAGAGGACAUACCCACGGAACCUGAGGAGACACCCGCGCAAGCUACCGAGACAGUCGCUUCCGCAAUGCCUCUCUCCGAAGAUGCGGCCGAAAAAGCAACCACCACUGCCCUGGAAACUUCUGACAACGUGCCAAUCGUCGACACCGACGAGAAGCCGACUGCUGAGCCGGUGCCUGCGAACGUGGAGGCGCCCCCGACCGAGGCUGUUCAGCCCGAAUCAUCUGGCAAGAAGAAGAAAAAGAAGAAGAAGGGCAAGGGUGGCUCACUGUCCCAACUGGACGAUGUAAUGUCUGCUGAGACGACCCCUCUGCAGUCUCCAGGCGUGCAGACUCCAACCACCGAAGCCCCUGUUGAUGGGCCCUUUGACGCAAAGGCUCCUAUGGCCGAUAGCCGUGCCGUUGAUUCUCCCAUUGCUGAGCCCUCCGCCAAGGAGGUGCCUACCUCUGAAAUACCCUCCGUUGAGACUCCUGUCGUUGAGACUCCUGCCGCUGAGACUCCUGCCGAGACUCCGGCUGAUGAGACUCCGAUUGUAGAGACUCCGGCUAUUGAGAAUCUUCCUGCUGAGAUUUCCUCAGACGAACCUCUACCCACCAGAGCCGAGGCUCUCGAGGCAGCUUCUUCCAUCGAGACGCCUGCUGCCGAAUCAGCCCCGUCAGAGAGUGCUAUUGCAGAGACCCUCACCGAGAACCCAACGGUCGAUGAGUCUCUUAAGACCCAGCCUACCGACAUCGUCCCCACGGAGACGCAGCAGGUCGAGGAUGCCAUUCUUCAAACCAAUGAGGCGAGCCUUGCCUCGGACAAGGCGGCCACCGCGACGGACAUGCCUGAGACUUCCAUUUCUUCCUUGGUCCCCGACGAGCAAAUCGAAACUCCUGGUCUGGCCGAGGAUACGUCCAAGUCUUCGAAGAAGUCAAAGAAGAAAAAGAAGAAAGACAAGAAGGCAGCCGAAGCAGAGCCCGAAGUUCCUGCCGUUGCCGCCGAUGAUGUUCCCACGCAAGCUUUGGAUAGCACUUUACACAAUUCCCCAGCUGACGAGAAGCCCAUUGAGACAGACAGCACUGGAAUGCAAGAGCCGGUUGCCACAGUCGAUCAACCGCAGUCUGGAAAUGUAAAUGUGACGGACCUUGCAGCAGAGAACAUGCUGAACGCUGGGCCACAAACGCCAACGAUGAGUGAGAGUCAGGACGAAGCUUUCGUCACACCUCCGCAGGGACCCGCCACACCAAGGGGUCAAGUUGAGGCAUUCGAGAACCUUUCUCAAGAACCUACCUUGGUCGAUAGCCAGAUUGGUUCGUUUGACGUCAAAUCUCAAGGGCCACGCGACGACAAAGAUCAACACCGUGGUUUAGACUCUCCAAUUGAACCCGAGACACCAACUAGUUCCAAGAAGAGCAAGAAAAAGGCCAAGAAGGAGGCAGCGGCCGCUGCUGCCGCUGCUGCCGCGGUUACCGCACUUGAGCCGAAGACUGAGGAUGUCGCCAAGGAUUCGGACAACAAGGAUGCGAAGGACGAGACGAUCACGGACAACGGGAUUUCGAACACGAUCCCAGACAAGCUAGGGGAGAUGGAGCAAUCAUCGCAAGAACCCCCGACGAGCGGAGAAUUCGCUACGGACAGCAUGAUUUCAGAGGAGGCAGACCCAGGGCCAACUGUUACCAAAAAGGGAAAGAAGAAGAAGAAGGGCAAGAAGUCUUCAACCCUGGACCUGGAGCCUGAGAACAGCCCGUCCACAAGUACCCUCGAAACCACGGCAGAUGUAGCGAAUACAAGAGAACAGUCCGCUUAUUUGACGUCUCCAUCGGGAGAGCCUGGCAGUGACGAAACCCGCUUCUUGCAAGCAGACGCGCCGAUAGAGGCCGAAUUGCCGGCCUCUCCAACUGCGAGCAAGAAGAGAAAAUCCGUGACCUGGGCGCCUGGGCUAGAGUCUUUCUCGACCAGUCCCGAGCCUGCGCCACAUCAAGAAGGCGAAGACGAGCGUUUGGGAGACGUGAGCACCACGGAAAGCGCACCCGCCUGUGAGACAGCAUUCGAAACCGAGCCACAAUUGCGCCAAAAUGAGUCAGUAGCAGGGGGCUCGCCGGAAGCGAUCGGCCACGGCGACGUUGUGGCCUCGCAAGGCAUCGAAAUGGACCAAACAACCACAGCCGAGGCGGAGAAGGAUCUCGAACCAGAGGGCCAAGCACAGAUACGCUAUGCAAGUGAGCCCAGCGAGGCCCUGUCCGGUCUGCAAGACACAAGUCCGAACCCUGGCGGCGAUGGGUUUCCGUCAUCGCCUGGGCUGAAGGCCACGCGAGGAGUCGCAGGCGAGCCAAUUGCCACACAACAAACCGACUCCCCUUGGGGUGGUCAAAUGCCUCCCACGCCUGCCUCUUCCAGUAUGAGCGACAUCGAGGUGGCCAACCGGGAGAGCGGUGAGACACUAUUAUCGGAGGUGGACGCAGAGCAAGACACUAGCGCCAAAGCUAAUGCAACAAACCUCGAACCUGCGGGCCGCCCUGACGCCAUUGACGAACCAUCGGCUGAGGUCAGCGCUCAAACGGGGGAGGUAGACAUCCCAGACCCCGGCCUGCAUGUGGGUGUGGGGCCUGUAAGUGGGCCGGUCGACGACAAAUCAGUGGGGGACACGCAAAGCGGGCGGAUAGCGGAUGCCCAACCCGUGGGCCCGGCCCUCACCGACUCGGCUCUGGAGGCUGGAGACCCACACGAUACCCCGGUCAUGGCCCUGGCCAACCAAGACGACACAAACAUGGAGAUCCUCCCCCAACCUCUGCAUCAUGUACCCGGUCCCAGUCCGGUGGUGGUUGACAAAAUUUCUGAUGCGGGGAUUACUGACUCCUCUGCUGCCGGGAUCCUUCCUCUGGGCGACGAACAACACGACAAUAAUAUCUCAAACGUCCGAAAUAAGGAAGCUGCGGGAGACGCAGAGAAGGACGAGACAAAGGACUUACACGACCAUCUCGCCACCGAUGCUGCACUCGCGGGUCUAUCAGAAAAUCCGGAAUCGCUGGGUGAACCCAUUACCUCGGAGCCGCAAUUAAAGCCGCUUUCGGAGACCCUUCCAGGUCCUGAACCAACAGGGGACGUGAACACCACCCAAGACUCCGACCAGACCGAGACACGAGCCGGUCGGGAAGACGGCUUCCGGUCUGAACCCUCAAGCUCGAGCAAGAUGUCCAAAAAGGACAAGAAGAGCAAGAAGACCAAGGCCGCAUCCAGCGAGCCUGUCCCGCAAGACGAUGUCCAAGAUGUCAAGGAACAGACUGUGGACGACGGAGCCCCGGCAGUCCAGGCCGUGGACGGACCAGUCCAAGCACCGGAACAAGCGGGGCCGGAACCCUCAUCCGGUGUCAAAGAUGCCCUCGAGAUGGCCCCCGUAAUGGAAGCAGUCGAGGCCGGCGAGGAUGAAUGGGCAUCUCAGCCAUCCGGCAAGAAGAGUAAGAAAGACAGGAAGAAGCGCGCUGCGGCUGAGACUGCUGCUGCUGCCGCCGCAACAGGGCAAAGCAAUGAGCCUGCCUUCGAGAGAUCUGAAGUCAUCGAUGAGGAAAAUUCCCCUUCUCAACCGGCUCUGGAUGAGGCUUCCAAAAUUGAUGUUGCCGGCGAUGAGCAAACAACUCCAGUAGACACGAUAGAGACUCCUAUUGACGCCCCGGAAGUCCAAGAGUCCAAGGAGAGUACAGAGACCGUGGGCCCUGUAGAAAGUGCAACAGCGGAAGUUCACGCCCUGGCACGGCCAACAACCGACAUUCCAGGCAAUUCAGUGACGACAGAUGAGAAGCCUGGGGCGCCCGAGGAGGCUGAUCUUAGUGGUUUUGAGCCGACUAAGAAGAGCAAAAAGGACAAGAAGAAAAAGAGGCAAAGCAUCUCUUUGGAUGACAGCCAUGAGCUUGUUUCGCCCAAAGCUCAACCAGAGGAGUCUGAAUCCCCAAAAGGCACGACCACGGUCGCCCCUGCCCCACUCGAGGACACCUUCCUGCCCAACACUGAAAACAAACCCGCCGAGGAUGUGCCUUCAUCAACCGAGGCGGGGGCAGAGGACCUGCAAAAAACUGAGAAAUCCGACGAGACACCUGCAACUCAAGCUCAAGACCCAACAAUCCAACCCAUCGAAGCGCCAGCAGCCGGCAACUCUGAAGUCACACCUGAAUCGCCAUCGGUCCAGCUCAAGAACAUCGACUCUGCUCCGCAAACGGAUCUCGACACUUUGGGUGAUGGCACGGCUCCACUGCAAGACGAAGAAUUGCCAGUUGUCACGAAGAAGUCAAAGAAGGACAAGAAAAAGAAGAAGGGCCUUGCUCCUACGAGCACACCAGAUGAAGCACCAGCAACACCAGAACCCGAGUUGGUUGAUCAAUCCGCGUUCCCAGCCGCAAAUCAGACGCCCGAACCACCAGUCGUCCCUCCUGAGACCCCUACAGCCGAGGACCAGAGCCACAAAGCUGUAGAAGAAGCCACCACCGCAGAGGCAACACCAACCACCGAGCCACCUCUCGUUCCCUCAGAGGUCCCUGUCAUAGAGGAGCAAAUCUCAACACCCGUGGGAGAAGAGGCCCCCACCUCAAAGAAGUCGAAAAAAGACAUGAAGAAAAAGAAGGUUGCCUCAAUUGACACCCCCGAGGAGCAGUUGUCGGUCGUGGAAGGCGAGACUGUACCGGAAUCCACAACCAUGUCACAGACUGCAGAGACUCUCAAAGAGCCAGCCCUCACUACGAUCGACGAGGCCACUCUGCCAAAAGGUGCAUCAGCCGAGGAGACGGCACCUACACCAGAAACUACCCAGCCGACGGAGCAGAAGCCUACCGAAGCGGAACCCACCGAAGACAAGCCCGCCAGCGAGACGCCUGUCAUGGAGGUUGAGCAGCCAAAGACGGAAGUGGACCCCUUUGCCGGUCUUAGCAAAAAGGAAAAGAAAAAGAAGAAGGCCGAGCUGGCCGCCGUCGAAAAAGCCGCUGCGGAAGCUGCCGCCGAGUCUGCCGCUGCCGUUGGCAAAGCUCCAAUCCCCGACCCUGCAGAGCCAGUCGAAGUCAACGCCGCCGAGGCGCCUGCCGAAGAAAAGUCCCUCGAGGAGCAGCCCGCCAGGGAGACGCUUGCCGAGGGGAACCCCGUGCUAGAGCCGGAGUCCGCGGAAGCGGUAGAGAAGGCGGCCGAAACGACACCGGAGCCGCCCCAAGCCGAGGUAGAUCCUUUUGCCGGUCUCAGCAAGAAGGCAAAGAAGAAGAAGUUGGCCGAGAUUGCUGCCGCCGAAGUUGAAGCUGCAGCCGCUUUGAACCCUCCUGUCGAGACCGACAAGGCCCUGGAGGAAACGGUUGUCGAAGAAAAGCCUGCCAUCGACAAAUCCGCCGUCGAGGAGACGUCCGCCGAGAAGGCUGUCACUGAAGUUACUGCUGAAGCUGAACAAAAGUCUACUGACAAGUCUUUUGAGGAGACGCCUGUCGAAGACAAGCAUGUCGACGAGAAGCCUGCCAAAAGGGAAAUGCCCCAAGAUGAUUCUUCAAAGGAUGAAAUUCAAACAGAAUCGACACCUAUUGCGGAACAGCAGCCUGUAUCACCAAAAGUCGAAAAGGACCCUUUUGCUGGCCUAAGCAAAAAAGAAAAGAAAAAGGAAAGGGCUGAGCUGGCCGCCGCCGAAGAAGCUGCCGCGGACGCCAUCGCAAAGACUGCCGAAGAGAAGUCUGUUGAUGGCCACCCUGUAGAGGCUGCUGUUGGGGACGAGACUAUUGAGGACACACCCACCGAACUCAAGCCCGCCGAAGAGUCGCUAUUGGACGACAAACUCGCCAACAAAGAGCAUGCCGAGGAGGUAUCAGCGACAGAGGCACCGCAGACUAAAGAAGAUCCCUCAGCUGGGCUUAACGAGAAGGAGGAGAAACCGGCGGCCGAGAUGGCUACUGCAGAUGCAGUUUCUGAGCCCGCCGUCGUCGGAACCACGCAGAUUGCCGAGGAUAAACCAGCCGAAACGGCUCUUGAUGACAAGUCUGUCGAGGAGAAGCCUUCUGACGUUAUCGUUGAGGACAAGCCUGUGGAAGACAAGCCUGUAGAAGAGAAUGCUGACGAGAAGCCUGAGCCUGAACCACCAAUCCUUGAGGUGGACCCUUUCGCCGGUCUGAGCAAAAAGCAGAAGAAGAAGAAGAUGGCCGAAAUGGCGAAAGCCGCUGCUGCCGCCGAAGCGAAGGAGGCCAUCGAGGAGAAGCCUGCUGACAGCCAGACUGACAACGCCUCCAAGCAGGUUCCGGCCCUUGAAAGCGAUCCUUCCGCGUCGGUUGAGAACACCUCUAAGGAAGAUAGCGUCCCUGCGCCCCUCGAGGAGACUCCUCAAUCGGCGGACAUUGCCAACCCGGAGGACGAGCUCCCAGUCCCGGAGAAGAAGUCUAAGAAGGACAAGAAAAAGAAAGGAAAAGCUUCUCAGUCAGAUCUAGUUGUUGAGCCUGUCCUCGAGCAGCUAGUUGAGCAACAGCCCGAGCAACAGCUUGCAUCUGAGCUUCAAGCAGAAGUGCCACCUUCAGCGCAAACCGAGGUUCAGAGCACGUCUUUGGAGACAGCUCACCCGGAGACAGUUUUCUCUGACAAAGUGGCUGGCCCAGAGAGCACACCGGCCCCGGAACAGCUGUCUGCAGUAGAGGAAGCAAUCCCGGAUCAGGAGACUGAGGCUGUUCAGCCCACGGAUCCCGAGCAGGAGUUCCCCUUGACGACCGGAAAGAAGACCAAGAAAUCGAAGGGGGAGAAGGGUUUAACCGAGCUUGAGUCCGAAUCCCAGUCUCCAAACAUCACUGUACCCCAGGACGAUCAAAGCCUUGCUGUCGAGGCACCCGCAACGGAGGUUUCUUCCGUUGAUCAGCUAGCGGUUGCCCAACCCGAAGAUGUACCGGCCGAAAGUCAGAUGCGCUCCGCCGGUGUCGAGAGCCUGCCCGAUGCCCCCGCAGCCCCCGAUGUCAACGCGGGCGACGAGUCCCCAUUGACCGGCAAGAAGGCGAAGAAGGCCAAGAAAAAGGGGAAAUCCUUGGACCUGACUGAACCGGAGGCUUCGACCGAGCCUGCGCCGGAAGUCACCAUGUCUGCUGCCGAGCCCGCCCCCGAGCUUGCCACUGAGUCUAUCACUGGGCCUGUCGCUGCUCCCCCCACUGAGGUGUUCUUGGGGCCGUCCGAAUCUGCAGAGGACACUGUUCAGGAGCUCUCACCAGCAAUGCCUCAUACACCGCUUGAACAGUCAGCUGAUCAGUCAGCGCAGUCUGAGACCGUAGCGCAGACCAAUGAGGAUUUCUCAGCUCCGAAAUUGUCGAAGAAGGACAAGAAAAAGAAGAAAAAGGGCAAGCUUCAGGAUGACUCCAAUCCUCCCUCUGGAGCUGCGACACCUACGGUGUUGGAGUCAUCGGACCCUCUUGACGUUCCUGCAGCAGCCCAAACCAUCCCCGAUACUUCUCCUGCAAGCAUUCCAUUGCCGGAGCCAGCUGAGUUAUCGAGAGAGCCCCCCCUGGAGACCUCUGCCAAUCAAGACAAUACCAGUAGCGAAGUCGCAGAGGAGACCCCAUUAGCAACCGACCUUCUUUCUAGCAAAACAACUCCUCAGGAAGGCGCCCCCGAAUCCAAGUCCCUGAACACGACACAAUUGUCCUCUGAAGAGGCUGACCUGCCACCGGUCGACAGUAAUACCCCAGAUAAGGAUAGUGUUGUCGUCGAACCCGCAGAAGCUUCCCGAGACAUCGAGUCGUCCGCUGUCCCACCUGGAUCCGAGCCCACCACUUCCCAAGAUCACCCUCAGGCAGAGAGUCGCUCUGUCGAAGAACCACUCGCGGCGACUGAAUCGCCAGCAUCCCUUAGCGACCCUGUUCAGGAAGUUGGCAAAGGAGCCGUCAUAGAGCACCAACCACCCGCAAAAGAGGAAUGGCCCGAGGCUACGCCCGCCAAAAAAUCAAAGAAGGACAAGAAGAAGAACAGAAAGUCCAAGGCGGGCGAUGACUUCGAUCUGGGUUCCGAAACUGCUAUGCCAUUGGAGAUCGCCGCUGAGGCAGCCAAAGAUGUGACGACAACUGACCAAGCCUCGACUACCGACAACAACGUUACUUCAGAUUUACCGAUCGUCGAGCCUCCGAUCACGGCAACAGCUCCAGAAGUCCCCGCUCAAGACUUGGCCGACGAGGUAGGGGAGGAACCCAAACAUCUGGUACAUGAGACGACACAGGAACAACGCGCCGACGACAAGAAGCUGGAUGCACCGACCAAGUCUGAGACGCUGACGCUCGAGCCGGAUGUUGACGGGCCGGUAUCCGUGGAAGAACCGCAAGAGCUAGUCGUCAAGGGAUGUAAGGACAAGGAGGAGAGAAAGUCCGUUCAGCCUGAAACUACCGCUCCAGCCAUCGAUGAGUCGUCCACCCCGCCGGAAGACCAUGCCACACACCCAGUCAAAGAGACAAGUACCGCAGACCCUGCUACUGAGAUCUCAACCGUCGAGUCCACGGAGGACACAACCGCGCCUGCCGAGGAAUCGCCUGAAUUGCCAACCUCGAAGAAAAGCAAGAGCAAGAAGAAGAAAUCUCCUCUCGUUGAGCCCGAGGUUAUUGCCGAAGCGCCAGCGUCUUCCGCCAGUCUCGAGGCAGAGCCUCAGACAGUUCUUUCACAAGAAGACCAGACAGCCAAGACCAACCUACCAGAGGCACCCCUUGACAACAACGCCAAUGCAGGAACCUUGGCUAAUGAGCCAGAGCUUCCCUCUAAGCAUGGCCCAGGAUUUGACUCCAAGAGCACUCCUGAUCAUCAGCCACAGGUCGAGACGGCUGACGAUGCAGUCAACAAGUCUUCUGGUACCCUCUCCCUUGAUGCACAGUCGAUCAUUGAGAACCGCGAAGUCGAUGAGGCACCAAAGGCCGCCAAACAGGAGCCCGCCAUCAAAGACUUACCCGCAGAUGCACCAGCAACACCAGCUGAAGAAUGGCCGGAGGCUGUUACCACAAUCAAGAGCAAGAAAGACAAGAAGAAGAAGCGACAGGGUUUGCCAUUGGACGACCCCGAAGCUGAUUCUCCUUUGGCUUCUGGCAUAGCAACACCGCAGGCUGUCCCGGCUGAGAAUGAAACGGCCUCGAAGCCUGAGAGCGGCACGUCGCUUGAGGCACCAGCCGACGAAGUUACUGUACAGUCUACUGAUGGCCCGUCGGAACAACCUGCAGCCGAGAUAAACGUGGUCGCAGCUGAGAAGUCUGCCGAGCCUAUGGAGUCUUCUGAGCCCAUUCCCACUUCUGUAAUACCGGCCGGCUUCAAUAAGCUUGAUGACGAGACUAAUAGCCAGCGGGAACUCGACGAGCCCACUGUGCCUGUCCUUAAGACCACGGAGAGCGCUGAGCCAGUUCCUCUCGUCGAGCAAACAGUUCCCGAGACAACUUCUGAGGAGACAAGCCAAGACACUCGACCCACGGUUGAGAACAGCACAGCUGACACGGAAACAUCCGCCAACAUUGCGGAGACCGCUGGUGAAGCUGCCACAGACAAUACUCGCUCUUCCGAGGAGAACAACCAGCAGACACCCGCGAUUCCAGCUUCAGAGACCGCUCAUGAGCCCGCAGCUGCCGGCGACGAUGAGUGGAACGUACCUGGGACCAAGAGGUCAAAGAAGGGUAAGAAAAGCAAGAAACAAUCCAUCUCCCUCGACCUCCGAUCUCCUGUUAGUGCCGCCUUGAACUCGCAGCAAGAUUCUGUGGUGCCUGGGCCCGAGAUGAGCAAGUCCGAAGAAGCGGAAGGCAAGAUUGAGUAUUUCGACAAGGCACCACGCGACAUUACUCGAAGCCCUACAACACCCUCGCCUCCUGAGCCCGCUGCUGCGGAGUUUGUCACUGAAGGCGUCGACACCGCCCACCCCCCCACGUCAAACAAGUCGGUGGGCGUUGAUCUUACUCCCGCACAAGAGACCAGCAGAGUCGUCCACGAGCUGCCUUUCGACCAGUCUGACAAACGCAAGAAGAUAAAAACAAGAGAGUUGUCAAACACCCUUCUACCUGAACCGAUCAUGAGCUCUAGAGAGAUCGCUGCUGCGUAUGUCGACGGCGGCCACGGGGCCCCAGCGGAGGAAGCCAGCAGAGCUACAGGACAGUUGUCGUUACCGACUGUGGAGCCCGACACCCCUCAAGACCAAGGCCCUGCUGAACGCAAGAUGGACGAGGAUGCAUCACAGCAGGAGCUAAAUACCUCAUCUGCCCGCGGCAUGGCCGCUUCAUACCUUGAGCAUAGGAAUGAUCAGACGAUGGAUGAGCCCAUCCAGCCAGAGACAAUUGAGAAACAUCCAGAUUCCGAAUCGUCAGGAAUGGGCAUCGCAGCUGGAAUUGCAGCAGCCGCCGCUGGAGCUGCCGUCCUCGCAAGCAAGUCUAGCAGCGCCAAGAAGAAGAAGGGCAAGACGUCCAAGUACGUGGACAAGCGUGCGUCGCAAGAGGAGGACAUGUUGGAUGACCCAUCGCUGUGGGAAGGUGCUGACAGGAAACAAGUUGGCGAGGCUGCAAACGCAGAUGCUGAGGAUUUUGAGGGUGGCGGCGAAGCCGCUGAUCACGAACAGAUGGCCGGGAAACCCACCGAUGCGAGUAUUGUGCAAGACGACAAGUCCGAGCCUGCACAACGACCGUCUGGUCAAGGCACGGAGGUACCAAAGGCGGAUGUUGUCUCUAGUCCUACGUCAAGAGGCAUGAACAUCUACUCGGGCCAGCCACAAGAGGUUGCCGCUCACACAGCGGAGCUCAUCAUGUCUCCAUCUCCACAGGCGUUCGAAAUGGACAACAUGAAGGACAAAUUCAGAGACAUUCCGAGCCUGGCGGCACCGUUCAAGGAGAAGGUUCUGGAGGAUAACGUUGAGAGCCCGAUUCUCGGCCGGGAUACCGGAACAGAGGCAGCUGAGGGGAUGUCCAUGAACAAGAACCAAGAAGAAUCACUGGGCUGGGGUGCAAAGACAUCCAAGACAAACACCAUGGUCAGUGACAUGGACGAAGCCGUCGACCGCGGCUUCGAGGCCGAAACUCGUCGCGACCUUCCAGGCGGCCGUCCACUAAAGAGCCCAGAACGCGGCUUUGAAGUCGGCGGUUUUCGCAGUCCGGUCCCGACUAUCUUGCCGCCCGUGCAGGAGGAAGCGCACGAAGGAGCUGAAACAGAGCAUCGGCUAUUGUAUAGGCCAGCUUCCCGAACGACACUCGGCUCACCAGACCCGACGCGCGACAGUGGUUUCACAACCGGCUCACCUCACCCCUUCAAAAGAAGCGGCUUCGAUGAGGAAGAGCGAGACAGCGGCGUCCAGCUCCGGGAAUGGCAAGGCCAGAGAUCGCCGGGCCGGGAUGAGCAACGAACCCCCGAAUUGAAAAGUCACAGAAGCGAGAGGCGGAGAUCGCGCGAGUUGGAGCGAGCAAAAUCGCCAACGGAUAGGGCAGCACUGCUGCGAUCCCCUGCAGCUGAAGGAGAAACGCACGAUCAUCCUCUUUCCAAGACUCCCGUGCUCCGGGAGCCCACUGGGCGGGAGCUGACCCCGGAACCCCAAAAGUACAGAAGAACCGUCAGCCCAGAGCUGGAGAGGAAAAGGUCCAAGUAUCAGGACCUGGCAUCGGCAGCGCUGGCCGGUGCAGCAAUCAGUAGCACCUGCUCCUCACCACGCAGCACUCCCCCACCGGGCAACCGCAGUGUUUCUGACAGGGUUGCACGACUGCAGUCGCCAGCGCCGACGGAUUCAGUAGCGCGCAGGUCCAUGUCCAAUAGCAGCCUGUCACGGCACAGGCGGGCCAUGGGGACGCCAACACCGGAGCCACUAAAGUUUCGGCCUGAGAGCCCAGGCAUCCAGCGGUCAGGCACUGCCACCCCGCCCCUACGCCGGGUAGACAGGCGUGUAAGCGGAGACCUACGAUCUCUGAGCCAACGAAGUCACCUCGACCUCACCAAGGAUCCCAAGGAACCGACCAGCAACACCCCCGUCGCCAACGAGGGUCGUGUCCGCACAAAGGACAUGGCCGACGUCUUUGAUGGAUUCGGGGAAGGCCGCAUCGGCUCUCCCCGAUCACCGACGCGACCACACAGCAUGCGACGCCGCCAGAGCAUGCAAGUCCUCGAGCUCGAGUCUCGCGUCGAGCAAUUGAUGGCCGAAAACCAGAUGCUCGCCGACGCCCGGGCCCACGCCGAAUCCCAUAAUAGCAACAGGGCCUCGGGCAUCCUGGCAGAGCGCGAUGCCGAAAUCGACGUUCUCAAGCAAUCGCUCGAAUUUCUACAAAAGGAGGUGGCCCGCUUGGCCGAGGUCAAUGAAGGCCUGAACAGUGCCAAUGCCCAACUUGCUGCCCAACACAAUGAGCGGUACCGUUCAUUGGAGACGCAGCACGCCGACACCUCGCGGCGGUUGGAGGAAGCUCGCGCCGAGCAGGGUCACUUCCAGGAGUCGUUGCUGCAGAAGGACGCCGAGAUUGGUCGGCUGCGCUCCGAGCUUGAGGCGGCCAAGGACAAGAUCCGGCAGAUGCAACGCCAGAUCUUGGCCACCAAGGGCGCUGAUAGUGACUUCCUCAACGUCCAGGACGUUGACCACUUCGACCACAGGUGCCAGCAGCUCUGCUCUCACGUGCAGCAAUGGGUCCUUCGGUUCUCCAAGUUCUCAGACAUGCGCUCCUGCCGCCUGACGAGCGAAAUCAACGACGAGAAGGUCAUCGACCGCCUCGAUAACGCCAUCCUAGAUGGCACCGACGUGGACACGUACCUUGCCGACCGCGUCAAACGCCGGGACGUGUUCAUGUCCAUGACGAUGAACAUGAUCUGGGAGUUCGUUUUCACCCGAUACCUCUUCGGCAUGGACCGCGAGCAGCGACAGAAGCUCAAGUCGCUGGAGAAGCUGCUUACCGAGGUCGGCCCCCCGCGGGCUGUCCGACAAUGGCGAGCAGUCACCCUGACGCUCCUCUCUAAGCGGCCCAGCUUCAAGCACCAGCGCGAUCUCGACACCGAGGCCGUGGUCCAGGCCAUCUUCCAGACGCUGUCCAAGGUCCUCCCUCCCCCGUCUAACCUGGAGGACCAGAUCCAGUCACAGUUACGCCGCGUGAUGCGAGAGGCCGUCGACCUCUCCAUCGAGAUGCGCACCCAGCGCGCCGAGUACAUGAUGCUCCCGCCGUUGCAGCCCGAGUACGACGCCGACGGCGAGCUCGCCGACACAGUCACCUUCAACGCGGCGCUCAUGAACGAGCGCAGCGCCGACAAGUCCGUGACCAACGAGGUCCUCGAGGCCCAGAAGGCCGUCGUCCGGAUCGUCCUCUUCCCCCUCGUCGUCAAGAAGGGCGACGACGGCGGCAACAACGACGAUGAGAUUGUCGUGUGCCCCGCUCAGGUGCUGGUGGCUCGGCCCAAGGGCAGCAAGGCGGUCCGUCUCUUCACGCCCGGGAGCGACACCGGUGGUGCGUCCAUCAGCGGCCAGACGGCUGCCAUGCACAGCGACAUCAGCAUGGGGACGUUCCUGCCCGAUCAGGCUUCCACCCAGUCAUGA